GGGAGGAGAGGAGAGGUACCCGGGCUCAUCACAUGACCGCGCCUCCUCUCAUUAUCUCUCGUUUUGGAUAUACAUUGUUUGCUCCUUGUUCCGAAGCGAGCGUGGACGUUUGAGAAGAGCGCGCCGUGUCCUCGACCACGUUCACAGGUCGGUUGAACCAGAAUCGACAUGUCAGACGUAGUGCCUCCAGAGGUCAGACCCAAACCAGCCGUCCCUGCCAAGCCUCCAAAUGUGGGGGUUCCUUCCCCUUCCAGCCCGUUUCCACCCCAGGUCCCGAGCAUCGGAGGAAGCAGCGGCCCCGCCCCCCCUCCAAGCGCCAUCCCAGUUCCUAUUGGGAGUCACGGUCCGAGCCACGGCGGCAGUCAUGCUCUAGGUCACGGUGUGGGUCACGGCGUUGGCCACGCCGCAGCUCACACUGCCGCCCACAGCGGAGGUCACGGUCACAGCGGCUCCCACGCCUCCACCGGCGGAUCCGCCCUUCUGGGCUACAUUGGCAUUGACACCAUCAUUGAGCAGAUGAGAAAGAAAACUAUGAAGACUGGCUUUGACUUCAAUAUCAUGGUAGUCGGUCACAGUGGUCUGGGAAAGUCCACCUUGGUCAACACUUUAUUCAAGUCCCAGGUGAGCAGGAGGAGUGCGGGAUGGUCUCGUGAUGAGAAGAUCCCCAAAACUGUGGAGAUCAAGUCGGUGUCUCAUGUGAUUGAAGAGGGUGGUGUGAAGAUGAAGCUGACAGUCGUCGACACUCCGGGGUUUGGCGACCAAAUUAAUAACGACAACUGCUGGGAACCCAUUUCCAAGUACAUCAAUGAGCAGUACGAGAAGUUCCUGAAGGAGGAGGUCAACAUCACCAGAAAGAAGCGCAUCCCCGACACGAGGGUGCACUGCUGCCUCUAUUUCAUCUCCCCGACUGGACACUCUCUUCGACAGCUGGACCUGGAGUUCAUGAAGCGCCUGAGUCACUCCGUCAACAUCAUUCCAGUUAUUGCCAAAGCGGACACGAUGACCAUCGAGGAGAGGCAGGAGUUCAAGCAGAGGGUGAGGAAGGAGCUGGAGAUGAGCGGGAUUGAAUUUUACCCACAGAAAGAGUUCGAUGAUGACAUGGAGGACAAGAGCGACAAUGACAAGAUCAGAGAGACGAUGCCGUUCGCUGUGGUGGGGAGCGACAAAGAAUAUCAAGUGAAUGGCAAAAGAGUUCUGGGGAGGAAGACAGCAUGGGGAAUUGUGGAAGUGGAAAAUUCCAAUCAUUGUGAGUUCGCUCAGCUGAGAGAUUUCCUGAUCAGGUCUCACCUGCAAGAUUUGAAGGAAGUCACUCAUAACAUCCACUAUGAAACCUACCGUGCCAAGAGACUGAAUGAGAAUGGAGGUCUGCACCCCAUUUCUUCCAAUGACACCCAAGAAAGCAACCUGUAGGCUCUCAGCUAGAGGAAUAGUUCAAUGUGAGAAUGAAAACCGUGCAAUGAAGCUGAUUGAUGAGUCUGCAGAAUACUAUAAUCGUUGUCACCACAGCAUUGGUGCAUGUGUAGAAAAAAUAUCUGAAAUCUGUAAAACUGGUUUUGUUUCAUCUCCAGACUCCAACCGUCCCCUUUUCCUUCACUCUCUUCCUCACCGUCGCCUCCCUCAUGCAUAUCAAACACCCCCACUUUUGUUUCAGAGUUGACUUUUUGUACGCUGCCAAUGCCUUGUUGGUUCUUUGAAUCGUCCAGCUUAGGAAGUGCCACGUCACGAUGUGUGUGAGAGGAUCAUUUUCUAGUUUGGGUCUUGUCUUGCAUCUGAUGCCUACAUUUCAUACAAACAAAAUUAUUUUCUCUAAAUAACAAAAUGAUGAUUCGACAUGAAACAGUGAUGCAUGCAGCGAUCUCUGCAUUCCAGUCUGGAGAAAAUGCCGUUUUAAAAUUCUCAGCAGCGACUGUUCAUUUGAGGAAAGGAUCCCUGCGGCUUUACUGUCAGGAGGGCUUACCAAACAUCACAAGCUGUGCUGUCUUCUCUAAUAAGCACCUCCGAAAAGGAAACAAAUCAAACAUUUCUCUAAUAUUCGCUUGUCCUGGUUUUGAUGGACUUUUUCCCUUUUGGAAUAGUUUACAUGCACAGACCUGUGCACUACGGUGGGAGCAACAUCAGUCACAUUUAAAUCAGACUACAGAGAAUGCCGCUCAUGCAGGCAUUAGUGUGAGUGUGUAAUGUAUGCUGCAAAUUCCCUGAUUCACCGCAACAGUGCAAAC